ACGUCGUCCACCUCCGUAUCUCCCCUCCCCUUUUCCCUCCCUGCUUUCCCUUCCUUUUUCUCCCUUCCUUUUUCUCCCUUACUUUUUCUCCCUUCCUUUUUCUCCCUUCCUUUUUCUCCCUUCCUUUUUCUCCCUUCCUUUUUCUCCCUUCCUUUUUCUCCCUUCCUUUUUCUCCCUUCUUUUUUCUCCCUUCCUUUUUCUCCCUUCCUUUUUCUUCCUUCCUUUUUCUCCCUUCCUUUUUCUCCCUUCCUUUUUCUCCCUUUCCCUCUUUGCCCCCUUCCAUCCUUCUUUCCUCUUGCCUCCUCUUUCUCCCCGGUCUCCGCCCCAUCAGGCGCUGCGGCUGCUGGCAGUGGUGGCGGCGAUGCGCCUGGACACGGUAGACGACUCCAUCGAGCCCACGCUCUUGUCUCUUCUGGGGGAGGGCGCUCCUGGGGAGGGCGGUGACUCGUCUCGGACCCAGGACGGGGAGUCGGGGGAGGGGGACGGGGAAGUAGAAGGGGAAGGGGAAGGGGAAGGGGAAGGGGAGGGGAAGGCGGGGAGCAGGAGAGUGCAGCGGGUGUUCACGUCGGCAGGGCUGCUGGCGGCAAGCAAGUGGGAAAAGAUCGCCCCCGACUGCACGUUCCUCACACCCGGGCAGUGCCGAGCGCUGUGGGGCAAGUUCAAGGCGGAGACUCAGUACGUGGUGGCCCAGGCCAUGCAGACGCAGGAGGCGAGUCGGCGCAACAACGCGUGGCUGCCCCCGCCGUGGGCCAUCCUAGCCAUGGUGGUGCUGGGAUGGAACGAGUUCAUGGCUGUGCUCAGGAACCCCGUGCUGCUGCUACUGGGAGUGUUUCUCUUCUUCAUGGGGCGGGAGGUCAUGUCUCAGCUAGACCUGGGGGGCAUAUUCGACAACGGCAUGGUGCCUGGGCUGAUCACCCUGGCAGCGCGGGCAGGCCCCAUCAUCAUGGCCGUGCUGCGGCGCCUGGGCGAGCAGGCAGAGGCAGCUCUCACCGCGCACAACGCCCCUGUGCCGGGGCCACUGCGCCCCAACUGGCGCAGCGAGGGGGACGAGGAUGGGGGCGAUGUGGCUAUGCGGGAUUUCAGCGCGGGGAGCAGUGGGGAGGGGGGGCUGAGGCAACGCGGGAGCAGGCGCGAGGGAGAGGGCAGGUGA